AUGCGAGCUUCAACUCAAACAUUCAUUUUUUAUGCUUACGCGCACACGUUGCGCACACCGCGAAAGACUCACGGGGAUAUCCACGGUUAUCUAGACUGGGCAUUCGACUGCAACACGGACGUGGCGAACUUUUCGGCGGAGCACCCGGAGUACUCCCACGGCCUGCUCGCCUUCGCCCUGCAGAUCCUGACCUUCAAGUUCACGGCCUGCAACUCGCUCACCCCCCACGACAACGUCUGCGACGUGAGCUACGAGAGGGGGCAGACGGAGCCGUGUGGAUGCACGUGCCUGAUGGAUGCGUCCUCCAUCCCCGAGGAGCAGGUUUGCGGCUACAUGCAGCCGUUCAUGCAAGCGGCCAUGCCCUACUUUAGAGGCUACCUGUACAUCACUCACGACGAGGAAGCGAAGUUCCCCUACGGGUUCAUUCAGGAUGACCACCGCGUGAGCGAUGAACACGCGGUGUUCUUGAUGAGAACACUGGUCAAGAUCGGGUGCGAGCCCGGAGCGGUGGGCAUCAUGUCGACGGCGGCUAGCCCGGUUAACCCGAUGUUUUGGGUCUUGCACCCGCUGUUCGAGAAGGCGAUGCACAUCUUGCUGCUCUCUCCCAAGUACGACGACUACACGAUGGAGUGGGUCGAUGGAGAGUGCAAGGGUAGCGGCUACACGGAAGAGCUCACGAUCACGGGUGAGGCCCACACAGCCGAAGACUCGUACGUUCUUCUUGCCGAACAUAAAGUAGUGCAUGACAGGUCGUCUCAACAUGGCGACGAGAAGCGCAUCCCCAGCCGCCUGAAUUCCCGCCUUCGACGAGUGACACGUGAUGAAGGCCAGCGUUUGCACGCUCGCGAGUUGGCAAUCGGCCUGGGUCCCGGAGAAGACUUCCUCACGAACCAGCAGCUGCUGGAGCUGAUGUACCCCUCGAAUCCCGCUCUGCCACAGAUCUACAACAACCUCCCGAGAUGGGGCGGUACGGACACCGAGCUGGUCUAG